CGCUCGCGUAAACGUAGUAUAUGUCGGAUAUAUUUCAGUGGAAAAACAAAGCCUCAGCACGAUGCCACACUUGUGGAAUUGACACGACUUGGUGUAUUGUUUGAAGUACGUCGUUUGAAAGUUGGUGAUUUUGCGUGGAUAGCUAGGUGUCGAAAAACUAAUGAUGAAUUGGUUAUGCCUUACAUAAUAGAAAGGAAGCGAAUGGAUGAUUUAAGUGCAAGCAUUGUGGAUGGAAGGUUUCAUGAACAAAAGUUUCGUUUGAAGCAGUCUGGUAUUAAGAAUUUGAUGUAUAUAGUAGAGAAUAUUGAUAAGAAUUCCCGAUUUUCAAUACCGCUUUCAUCUCUAUUGCAAGCCUCUGUAAAUUGUCUGGUACAAGACAGCUUUACUGUAAAAUAUACGAGGAGUCAUAAAGAUUCUAUGUCACACUUGUCAUGUAUAACAAAUCUUUUAAUCAAAAUGUACAAGAAUAAAAAACUUGUUGGAUGUAAGAAAAAUCAUCUUACACAGACAGAUCAUUUAGGUAAUACAUACCUGAUGGAGUUCAAAGAAUUCAAUAAAGCAUCCUCUAAACAGAGGACGUUUCGAGUAGGCGAGAUGUUUAUUCGUCAGUUGUUACAAUUGAAAGGCAUGUCCGUCGACAAAGCCAUGGCGAUUGUAGAAUGUUAUACCUCACCGCAAAUUUUGAUCACAGCCUUAGAAAAUUCUGGUAAGAAUGGCGAGCAAUUAUUGGCAAACAUUCAGGUUGGUGACAAAAAACGACGGCUCGGGCCCGCCAUCAGUAAGGCCGUUUAUCAGCUUUACACGAUGAACGAGUUGAAUUGACUAAUAUAAAUGUACAAUUUA